AUGCGCCUGGCUUGGAGACGCGCUGCGCCUGGCUGGCUGCAGAUCGUCUGGCGGGGCGCAGGCGGCGACACCGGCGACCGGGUCGUACGAGCGGCACACAGCCGGGCAUCCCGCGCUGCACAGGUGGCGGCCCUCGUCCACACCACCACCACCGCCAGCAACAUGUCCGCACCGCAGGCGCCGCCCGGCGAUGCGCCGCAGUGCCCCGUCGCCCACUUCCCCUCGCAGCCGCUGCCGCCCGGCCACCCGCCGACGGCCUCGCACCCGGCCAGCAGCCUGCGCGCACCCACGGCGCCGGGCUGCAUCUUCUUCCGCACCACCGACGACCUCGCGUCCACGCCGCCGCUCUCGCGCGCCGCCUCGACGCUACUCGAGGACGCCAAGCGCGCCGCCAACAUCAACCCGCUCGCGCCCGGCGCCGCCGAGAAGCUCGACCCCGCCACGGCCCUCGUGCUCGCGUCGCGCAACUCGCAGCUCGCCCUCGUGCAGAGCAGCCACGUGUCGGCGAUGCUGGCGAGCCACUACGGCGCUCGCUCGCCGGCGUUUGCGCACCUCGUGCAGACCGAUGCGCCGCCGUCGCCGCCGUCGGCCACCACGCCGCCGUCAUCACCCCUUGCGCCGCUCAUCUUCGACGAGCCGAGCGUGACGGCGGCGCGCGCCCGUGUCGCUGAGUGGGGCAUCCCGGGACCCUGCGCCUUUCCCAUCACCAGCAUGAGCACGGCAGGCGACCAGAACCAGCGCUCGCCGCUGUACGUCAUCGGCGGCGACGGGCGCGCCAUCUGGACGAAGGAGCUCGAGGUGGCGCUGGCCGCGGGCGCGGUGGACGCCAUCAUCCACUGUCUCAAGGACGUGCCGACGCAGCUGCCCGAUGGGCUCAUGCUUGGCGCCAUCCUUGAGCGCGAGGACCCGCGCGAUGCGCUGGUCAUCAAGGCGGGCCUGCCGUACAAGACGCUCGACGAGCUGCCGCCAGGCUCCGUCAUUGGCACGUCGUCCGUGCGCCGCGUGGCGCAGCUGCGCCGCAGAUACCCAGAGCUCGUCUUCUCCGACGUGCGCGGCAACCUCAACACACGCCUGGCCAAGCUCGACUCGCCCACUGGCCCUUACACCGCACUCGUGCUUGCGGCAGCUGGCCUGCUGCGCCUCAACUUCACCUCGCGCAUCACCGCCUUCCUCUCGGCACCCGUGCUGAUGUACUCCGUCGGGCAAGGCUCGCUGGCGAUCGAGGUGCGCACGCCGCCGGCCGGCGCCACGCCGGCGACGGACCGCGAUGCGCGCAUCCUGGCGAUGGUGCGCUCGAUCGGCGACUGGCGCGCAACGUGGCGUGCCGAGUGCGAGCGUGCGCUGCUGCGCGAGCUCGAGGGCGGCUGCUCUAUUCCCGUCGGCGUCGAUACCCGCUUCUCGGACCACGACCAGGUGGAGGGCAAGCGCAACGAGGGCGAGGCUGAGCGGCUGGUGGCCGAGGCGCGCGGUGUCGACGCGGCAGACACGAUUCGUCUGGAUGGGCACACGAUCCCGGCCGACGAAGCGGGCAGCAGCCGCCGGCAAGGAGGCGCUGCAGGCGCACCAAAGCCGCCGCGGCUAGAGCGUCUCGAGACGGGCUUCGAGGAGGCACAAGCGGCAGCAGCGUCCGCAGCAGCGCCCGUUGCGCCCGCGCCGCGACUGCCGGACCUCUCGAACAUGUACCCCGAGUACCUCGCCGACGAGCCCGCCGAGGGCGCCACGCUCUCGCUGCACUGCUGCGUCGUGUCGCUCGACGGCAAGCGGCACUGCGAGUACAAGCUCGCGGCGCUCUGCCGCAGCGUCGAGGAUGCGCGCGAGCUGGGGCGCAACGUGGCAAAGGAGCUGUCGUGCGCACGCGGCGCGCGCGUCAUUCUGGCCGAGGUGGAGCGGCAUCGACAGCUGGCCGAGGCGGCCGACGAGCGGCGGCGGCGCGAGGGCCGCGCCGCCCGCGUGGCCGAGGUGGCCGGCGGCCCGACGCGCGCCGCCGGCGAGGAGCUCGACGAGCGCGAGGCGCGGCGCAAGCUCGACGAGGCCCUGGCGGCCGCCUCGUCGGGCGCGGGCCUGAACAGCAAGGCGGCCAACGGCGAGCAGCAGCCGUGGGGCCUGCUGGCCAACGAGGUGGACCGGCGAGGCGUGCCGCGCGAGGACGGCCAGGCAAAGGCGUGGGAGGUAUAG